AUGGAAUUGAAAAAAAUAUUUUUCUUAAAUUCUCAACAUAAAGGUGAAAAACCAGGUUAUUUUUAUUUGAAUAAUGAAACAUUUGUUCAUCCAACAAAUACAAGUUUAUUAUCAUUAAUUUUGUUCAAUAAUUCAAAAGAUUUUCAUUUACCAUCAACUUUUCAAAUUGAAGCUGACGAAAUAAUUGAUAUUAUUAUUAAUAAUAUUGAUUUUGCUCCUCAUUCAUUUCAUCUUCAUGGUUAUCAUGUAUGGAUAUUAGCGCAAGUUAAUAGUAAUGAUGGUUACUUAAAUCAGUCGAAAUUAAAAACAAUUGCUUAUAAUGAAAUCAAUCCGAUCUAUCGAGAUACAUUUACAAUUAAUCCUUUUUCUUAUUUAGUUUUUCGUUUUAAAACAAAUAAUCCUAGUUUAUGGAUGAUGUACUGUCAUAAUGAUUGA